AUAUAGUAUGGCAAAAGGGAAAAAAGGCGUACAACAGUCAAAAAAACAAGAAAGAAUUACCCGUAAGCAAAGACGUGCUUUACAGAAAUCGUUUUCGGGUGGCGAUCCAGAAGAUCUAGAUGGUCAACUACGAGAAUUGGGUUUGUGUACCAAGAACAUCACUGGCGAUGGCAAUUGUCUGUUUCGAUCUCUUUCGGAUCAGUAUUACGGACACGAUGGAAACCAUAAGGCUAUUCGACAGGAAGUAUGCCAAUAUCUUAGAGAGAACGAAGAGACCUAUAAAUUCUUUGUAGAAGACGAUCAAUCCUUUGAGCACCAUGUUGACUGUAUGUCCCGAGACGCAACUUUUGGGGGGAAUAUGGAACUGGUUGCUUUUGCAAAAUUCAAAAAAGUGGAUAUUAAAGUCUAUCAGCCAGGCCUGAUCCAAAGAUACAUAGUGAAUGGUGUGGAUGAAGAAGAGCAGGAUUUAAGCACUGCAGAGGAAGAUCCAAAACAAGUGUUACAUAUUGCUUAUCAUAGCUGGGAGCAUUAUAGCUCUGUAAGAAACAUAAACGGGCCUUAUACAGGACCCCCUGAGAUCAAGAGAGUGCAGUCCAAUGAAUUCAAGUCUGAGGAACAAGGCCAAGAAAAUGAGGAGAAUGAAGAUCAAGCGCUUACUUCUACAGAAAAGGUUGUAAGAAAUGCUUGUCCAGACACAAAUAUCCGUAAAAUCAAACGUCUUUUGAUAAAGUACAAAGGAGAUCCUGAUAAAGUGAUUGAUGUUCUAUACGAAUUAGAGCACAAGGAUGAGCAAAAAGUGGGAGUUGCCUCUGACAACUGUGCAGAAAAAACGGUUGAUCAAGCUGCUAUCGAAAGUAACCAAGAAAUAAUGACUCAAGAAAAAGAAACGACUGAAAAUGGCAAGAUAACACCAGAUGCUAAUUGUGUCAAGCUUGUGGACCAAGCAGAAACAGUAGAAAAAAAGGCCAAGAAACCAUCUGCCAGUGAACGUAAAAAAGAAGCAAAGAAAAGGCAAAAGGAAGCCAAGAUGCUUAAAGAGCAAGCUAAAGCAGCUCGUAAGCUCAAAUAUAAACAAGAGCAAACAAACCCUGAUCAUGAAGAUUCAAACAUAAAAGCAACAACGCAUCAAAUGAAAGAAAUGUACAUUUAA